UCGCUUGAUAGACGCUAUGGUCAUCUGGUGAGGCCAAUGCAAAUCCUUCAGAUAAUCGCUACAAACCUGAGGAACCGUCCUCUGAGCAGAUCAAACAUCGACUCCAUUUACGAGUCCAUACCCAGCCUGUACCACAGCCUCGUGACAGGUUCUAAGGACUUCCCUUUAAUCCCAGUGAAAGGAUUGUACAUCUCGCGCCUGAUGUUCACGCCCUUUCCUCAUAGCAGGCACAGCCAGAGGGAGAAUGCCCCACCAUCUCCUCUAACCGAAGAACCAGCAAGUCUGGUGGUGCCCACUGCAGGCUCCAGUUCUCCUCCUCCAAAUAUACUGACUCCAGUUCUUCCUGAGAAGACGGAGAUAGAAGCGCUGAAGGCCGACCGCAGGAACUGUGUCCGCAGCUUGGAGUUUGAUGGCAGCACUGUCACCAGAGUCAUCUCCACUGUGUACCGCACUGAAAGCGCUGAGCUGACCAACUGCUGGAGAGUGACCGACUACACUGCAGACGGACACCUUCUCAUGUCAGUCCUCUGUCGGUUUAAUAAGGUGUCGACAAAGUGCGCAAAGACUCUGAAACAGGGGAAGCGGAAGGAUACAGAGGAAGAGAGCAGCAGCAGCAGCAGCAGCCUGUCUCCACCAAAGAAGCGCUUGAGAGUGUGAUGGGAUGGUCCAACAAUCCACCAGUUCUCAUGCACCAACCAGGACUUUAAGCAGCUCCCAGAGGUUCUUUGGUGCUUUGACCACAUUUGCACUGCUGCAGCUUUUGGUCUGUCCCUUGUGGCCUGUGCAUCUGGCACGGCUAGAGAGCACCCAGGUAGCGUCUUGCACCGGGGCCCAUGCAGACAUGCUGCACCAUGGAUAUGGUUGGCUGAGGAGUU